GCGGGGGUUGGGGGGCUGUGUGGGACUCGCUAUAGGACCGAGGCGGGCGGGCGGCCGGGAGGGCGAUGGCGGGGGCCGCAGCGGGCGGCAGAGGUGGAGGUGCCUGGGGGCCCGGGCGCGGAGGUGCCGGGGGGCUCCGGCGGGGUUGCUCUCCUCCAGUCCCCGCUGGCUCCCCCCGGGCUGGGCUGCAGCCGCUCAGGGCCACGGUCCCCUUCCAGCUGCAGCAGCCGCACCAGCGCCGGGACGGGGGUGGCCGCGCAGCCAGCGUCCCGUGUUCGGUGGCUCCAGAAAAGUCAGUGUGUCGGCCUCAGCCACCCCAGGUCCGACGCACCUUCUCCCUGGACACCGUCCUCAGCUCCUACCUUCUGGGCCAGUGGCCACGAGAUGUCGAUGGGGCCUUCACCUGCUGUACCAAUGACAAAGCCACCCAGACCCCGCUGUCCUGGCAAGAACUCGAGGGUGAGCGGGCCAGCUCCUGCACGCACAAGCGCUCAGCGUCCUGGGGCAGCACAGACCACCGAAAAGAGAUCACCAAGCUGAAGCAGCAACUGCAGAGGACGAAGCUGAGCCGGAGCGGGAAAGAGAAGGAGCGAGGGUCCCCGCUUCCAGGGGACCACGCUGUGCGGGGAGCACUGAGGGCGUCCCCUCCCAGCUUCCCCUCAGGGACCCCUGUCCUGAGACUCAGCCCCUGCCUGCACAGGAGCCUGGAAGGGCUUAACCAAGAGCUGGAGGAGGUGUUUGUGAAGGAGCAGGGGGAAGAGGAGCUGCUGAGGAUCCUUGAAGUCCCCGAUGGGCAUCGGGCCCCAGCUCCUCCCCAGAACGGCAGCUGCGAUCAUCCCCUCCCCCUGCUGGAGCCGGGCAACCUUGCCAGCUCUCCCUCCAUGCCCCUGGCAUCCCCCCAGCCUUCUGGCCGAGCCAGCCGUGAGGACCACCGGGGUGCCAUGGAGGAGCUGGCAUCCAUGCCUAGCGACAAGGCUUCCUCUCCAGGCCGCCCAGCCUUCCUUGAAGAUGGCAGCCCGUCUCCAGUCCUCGCCUUCGCCGCCUCCCCUCGGCCCAAUCACAGCUAUGUCUUCAAACGGGAGCCCCCGGAAGGCUGCGAGAGAGUGCGUGUGUUUGAAGAGGCCACGUCCCCGGGGCCUGACCUGGCCUUCCUGACUUCCUGUCCGGACAAGAACAAAGUCCACUUCAACCCGACCGGCUCUGCCUUCUGCCCCGUCAGCUUGAUGAAGCCCCUCUUCCCCGGCAUGGGCUUCAUCUUCCGCAACUGCCCCUCCAGCCCGGGGUCUCCCAGGGCGCCGCCUCGGAAGGAGCCAGAGGCCUCGCCCCUGCCAUUUGAGCCAUGGCAGCGCACCCCACCAUCUGAAGACCCCGUGCUGUUCCAAAGCUCCCUGGUGGUCUGAGGGCACCACCACUCACUUUACCGCGGAGACCAGUGCCUUGGUGGCAGGCCCCUCCCGCGCUCCCCUGGCCCCACGGUGGGGGGGCUGCCCUCUCGGCCUUUGAGCACUUUCGUUUCUUGUGUCAAAGCCCCGGGUCCUCCCCCAGGUGGACACCGGCCCUCCUCAGGUGAGGGAACCUGCCUUCUCCACUAGCGGCCUGGCAGCUCACAACUCACACCUGUGUCCCUGCCGCUUCUCUCACUUGGCAGAAAACUCGCCCAGAAGGCCUCGCGUCCCCCCACCCUGGGUGUGCGUCCAGACGACUGUAGCGGCGACCCCCGUCCUUGUCACGGAGCCAGCGGCCGCCACCAAAGGAGAGGAGAUGCCACACGCCUCCUCCCUCUUCCCGCUCCCCAGACACGGGCGAGGAGGGCGGAAGGCAGAGGCCCCCUCCCCAGGCCUCCCUUCUCGUUGGAGGGGUUGACCAAAGCUGCCCUGCAGGGCCCGACACUUCCAGUGCAGCUGCUGGAGAGGGAAGCAGGUGUUUCCCAUGGGCAUUCUCAUCUCGCUCUCACCCCGACUAAAGAUUGUCUUAGCAGCAGCCCAGCGCAGCCCCGGGCGGCGGUGGGCGGGCGGUGGGCACGGGGAGAACUGGUCUUCUUCCCCUCCGCCUACCCCAGGGCUGGGCUGGAUUAGGAAAAUGCCUAUUUUUUUCGUACCAAUGUAGAAACUCUAUUUUCUCCCAAAGACACUAUUUUUGCAGCUGUUUGAAGUUUGUAUAUUUUCCGUACCGCAGAGCUUACACAAAAUUGAAGAAUGUUAAUGUUCGAAUUUCUUUACCUUGUGUUUAGAGGUUUUCAUUUUGUUUUUGGCAGAUUUUGGUGUUAAAUAGACAAAAUAAAUAAGUAUUCCCAGCA